GCGCCCCGCGCCCCCGGCCCGGCCCGGCCCGGCCGCAGCCCACGCGCCGCAGAGAUGACUGAUCCAUUCUGUGUUGGAGGAGGCCGCCGGCUCCAGGGGUCCAGCAGGAGUGGACCCGGGAAGGAUGGUGGCCGGAAGGAGGUUCGACUUCCCAUGCUGCAUGACCCACCAAAGCUGGGGAUGCCGGUGGUCCGCAGUGGACAGACAGUGCCUGGCCAAGCCCCACUCUGCUUUGACCCAGGAAGUCCAGCCUGUGUCAGGAUGGAAGGGAAGAAAAAGGGACGGCCAAAAGCUGAGAACCAGGCCCUCCGAGACAUUCCUCUCUCCCUGAUGAACCAGUGGAAAGAUGAAUUCAAGGCACACUCGAGGGUGAAGUGUCCAAACUCGGGGUGCUGGCUGGAGUUUCCCAGCAUCUACGGGCUCAAGUACCAUUACCAGCGGUGCCAAGGGGGCGCCAUCUCAGAUAGGCUGGCCUUCCCCUGUCCCUUCUGCGAGGCUGCAUUCACCUCCAAGACCCAGCUGGAGAAACACCGGAUUUGGAACCACAUGGACCGACCCCUGCCUGCCCCCAAGCCUGGGCCAGUUAGCCGGCCAGUGACCAUCAGCCGGCCUGUUGGGGUCAGCAAGCCCAUUGGAGUAAGCAAACCUGUCACUAUUGGCAAACCUGUGGGUGUCAGCAAACCCAUCGGCAUCAGCAAGCCUGUUACGGUCAGCAGACCCGUGCCAGUCACCAAACCUAUGCCAGUCACCAAAUCUGUGCCGGUCACCAAACCUGUGCCGGUCACUAGGCCUAUGCCAGUCACCAAGCCUGUCACAGUCAGUAGGCCCAUGCCAGUCACCAAGGCCAUGCCAGUCACAAGGCCUGUGCCAGUUACCAAGCCAAUACCGGUCACCAAGUCUGUGCCAGUCACCAAGCCUGUGCCGGUCACCAAACCCAUGCCAGUCACAAAGCUCAUGACAGUUACCAAGCCAGUGACAGUGAGCAGGCCCAUUGUGGUCAGCAAGCCGGUAACGGUCAGCAGGCCCAUUGCCAUCAGCAGACACACACCGCCCUGCAAAAUGGUACUGCUGACCAAGUCUGAGAACAAAGCACCGCGUGCCACAGGGAGGAAUGGUGGCAAGAAAAGGUCUGCGGACAGCCUGGAUGCCUGCCCCAUCCCAUCCAAGCAGGCAAGGCCAGAAAACAGGGAGUAUGGUCCAUCCACCACAGGCCAGAGUGCAGCCUUGCAGCUGAAUGCAAACCCCAGCAGCGGCUCCCUGUUGCCAGGCAGCAGGCCCUCCGGGGACAUAGAGGUGCUACGGGCUGCAGGCCCUGUGCCCACCUCUGAAGAGGACCCAGAGCGCACAAAGCACAGAAGGAAACAGAAAACACCCAAGAAGUUUACAGGGGAGCAGCCGUCCAUCUCAGGGACCUUUGGGCUCAAAGGCCUGGCCAAAGCCGAGGACAAGGCCCGAGUUCACCGCUCAAAGAAGCAGGAGGGGCCGAGCCCCGAAGACGUGCGGAAGAAGGUGCUGGCCGCCCCCAUCACUGUCAGCAAGGAGGCGCCGGCCCCUGUGGCCCACCCAGCCCCAGGUGGCCCUGAGGAGCAGUGGCAGCGGGCCAUCCAUGAGCGGGGGGAGGCUGUCUGCCCCACCUGCAAUGUGGUCACUCGGAAGACCCUCGUGGGGCUCAAGAAACACAUGGAAGUGUGUCAGAAGCUGCAGGACGCCCUCAAGUGCCAGCACUGCAGGAAGCAGUUCAAGUCCAAGGCUGGCCUCAACUACCACACCAUGGCUGAGCACAGUGCCAAGCCUUCCGACACCGAGGCCUCUGAGGGGGGCGAGCAAGAGGAGCGAGACCGGCUGCGCAAGGUGCUGAAGCAGAUGGGGCGGCUGCGCUGCCCCCAGGAGGGCUGUGGGGCCGCCUUCUCCAGCCUCAUGGGCUACCAGUACCACCAGCGGCGCUGCGGGAAGCUGCCCUGUGAGGUGGACAGCCCCUCGUUCCCAUGCACCCACUGUGGCAAGACCUACCGCUCCAAGGCUGGCCACGACUACCACAUGCGCUCGGAGCACACAGCCCCGCCUCCUGAGGAACCCACAGACAAGCCGCUAGAGGCAGAGGAGCUGCUGGGCGUGGAGCGGACCCCAAGCGGCCGCAUCCGCCGCACAUCGGCCCAGGUUGCCGUGUUCCACCUGCAAGAGAUUGCAGAGGACGAGUUAGCCCGCGACUGGACCAAGCGGCGCAUGAAGGACGACCUCGUGCCUGAGACCGCACGGCUCAACUACACUCGGCCAGGCCUCCCCUCACUGAGCCCCCAGCUGCUGGAGGCAUGGAAGAACGAAGUCAAGGAGAAAGGCCACGUCGGCUGCCCCAACAAUUGCUGCCAAGCCAUCUACUCCAGUGUGUCCGGCCUCAAGGCCCACCUCGCCAGCUGCAGCAAGGGGGACCACUUGGUGGGCAAGUAUGGCUGCCUUCUGUGUCCAAAGGAGUUCAGCUCUGAGAGCGGCGUCAAGUACCACAUCCUCAAGACCCACGCAGAGAACUGGUUCCGUACCUCAGCAGACCCGCCUCCCAAACACCGGAGCCAGGAUUCGGUGGUGCCCAAGAGAGAGAAAAAGAAAAGCUUGGUGGGUGGGAAGAAGCGGGGUCGCAAGCCCAAAGAGCGGCCCCCCGAGGAGCCCACACCCAAGCUGGGCCCCCGCCGGGAUGACUGGCCCCCAGGAGGCAGAGAAAAGGUGGCCCGGGGCUCCAUGGGCCGGAAGGCGGGAGCCGGCAAGUCACCUGAAAAGUGAGCUAGUGGGGGAUCCGGCCCCCACACUGGCCACCAAGCCCCGCUCUGUCCAGGGCAGGGGCAGUUAGCUCUAGGACCUCCUGUCCAGUUCUCCAUCCCCCACCCUGCCUACUCAUCCGUCCAGGGGGGCAGCCAGCCACUCUCCCCUCCCUGAAGAUGGCCCUCUGUUCAGGUGGCUGCAGGGCACACCUGGACAGGGGCUCUGGGGGGUGCGGGGGCCAGCAGCAGAAGUGCAAUAGCCUGGAGGGUCUACCCUCCUGCAAGAACAUUUGUUAGUGGGCCCGGCAGGGUCUGGGGCCUCAGCGCCACAGGGGCUCAGUGCAGAGCAGUCAGACCCCGGUCCCGCAUCUUUGCUUCCACAGGCCCUACUGGGUCCCCCCCCUUGGCUUCCCCAAGACGCAGGCAUCUCUGGUGACCUGUGGUUCUGGGCUGAUGAGGGCACCUGAGCAGGCCUGGCUGCCACUAUCUAGGCCCCACCUCCAUCCAACACUGGAGCUCCAGUACCCCCAGCUACCUCCAGGACAGACCCCUUGUCUGACCACUGCCAUGCUGACCCGACAGCCAUCCCGUGCCCUUGUCCAUCCAUCGCUGGUCCCUCUGCUUGUUUUCUACCUCUCCAGGCCUGCACUGUCUCUCAUGUAAUCCCUGCUGUGCUUCAGGCCCCACCCCACUGACCCUGCCACUGUGGUGUGGGGAGGUGGCCCCUCUAACAGAGGGCUUUCCUCAGCCAACCGCAGCAGUGCUCCCUGCUCAGGCAAGGGAGGGACUCUCCUUCUCCCUCCUGCAGGGCGGCAGGAGCGGAGUUGGAGGCCCAGGGCCUCAGGGCACACAGCUGCCGUUCUGGGGACAAGAGGGUCCCUAGAGCGUGCUCUGCCUCCAGCCAGCUUUCUGACAUUGCAGGCCUCGCUCGGGGCAGCCUGAUGGGAUAGGAAUAGACUAGUCUGGGCUCUUGGGCCCAUGGGCAUGUGGGACAGGGAUCUGUGGCAAGGAGACUUCCCCUGGCUGAGGUUGGCCCAGGGACCGAGCCCCUUUGGGAGCCUCCCCUUUCCCUUUUUCCCUGCUCCUCUGUUUCUGGUGUGUGGCCAUUUGAUACAGGAGCUGGAGGACAGCAAGCAGAGGGGCUUGGCCAAGGCCACAGCUGGUUGGCAGCAGCCCCAGAGCUCUGUCUGCUCCUGCUGGGGUCCUGGGGACAGCUGGGUCUGCAGGUUGGGCAGGGGUCAGGCAGGGAGUCCAGGGUGCCUGGAGGAGGUGGCCAGGCAGCCUCCUCCAUGGGACCUACUUUUGAAACGACAGCGUCGCAGGGCGGAGGGUGCUCAGGAGCAUGGACGGGCCAUUUUCCAGUGGGGGGUGGGGGUGGGCUGAGGGCUCGGCCUAGCCGAUCCUGGAUGAUGUGAAUUUUGAUAUUUGCCCGUGUGUCUGUGUCUCCUGGGUGUAGUGGAUGCCAGUCUUGUUGCUGUGACAAGUAACAACCUUUUUUUUUUUUUUAUCCUGUUUUUUAUACAAAAACAACAAUCUGACAUUUUGGUGCUAAGGGUUUCCUGGUGCCGACAGUGGGUCUGGGGGCUUGGCUGGGCCAGGGCAUGGGCCUCUGGGGCUGGGGGUCUUCUGCUGCUCAGGGAAGCAGUACUGACUGGGCACCCUGUCUGCCCCCCAGCUCCUGCCCUCACCCAGCUGCAGGGAGAAGAGGCUCCAGCUGGGCUCCAGUCACCUGCAAUAGGGAGACAAGUUCCAGGGGAGCUUUGGGGAUUCAGUUGCUGUGCACUUCCUGUCUCCAGCUUUUUCCUUUGUCCUACCUGUGCUAGGGAGGCUCCCCCUACCCACACACACUGACCAGAUCCGAGGAUGGGGCAUGGGCAGGGAUGGGUGUGACCCAAUAUCAAAGGUCCAAGGGUGGGCUGCGGCUUUAGGGCAGGAGGGCUUUCUUUCCUGUGUCCCUGAGCACAGCUGGUGGAGGCGGGGCAGGUGUGGGCGGGAGCCUUGGUGCACUUUGUCCUUGUUACCAAUGGCAGGAAGAGGUUGGGCUCGAACACCUCUGCAGUGUGGCCACAUGCCCUAGCCUUUCAGGUACUUGGCCCUUGGGGAGCAGAGAGGUGAGGGGGGCCUGCUUUUGGUGAACGGUGUUUCCAGGACAACCCCAAAGCCCACAGCAGCAAUGCAGAGUCCUUGGACAGACUCCUGCCACCCGUGGGCACUGGGCGCUCGCCCCGGAAG